GGUUAAGGAGCGGGGCGCCUAGCACCUUAUUGGUUGUCUUCUUCAUGGGGUCCCAAACAGCUCUGAGAUUUAGAGUAUUGGGUUACAGUUUCGCAGCAAAAUGGCGACUGUCAUUCAGAAUCCUCUCAAAUCGCUCGGUGACCAGUUCUACCGGGAGGCCAUAGAACACUGUCGCAGCUACAACGCACGUCUGUGUGCCGAGCGUUCGGUCCGCAUGCCCUUCCUGGACAACCAGACUGGCGUGGCCCAGAACAACUGCUACAUCUGGAUGGAACAGCGCCACCGCGAGCCAGGUGUGGCUGCUGGACAGAUGUAUACGUACCCUGCACGGUGCUGGAGGAAGAAGAGGCGGCUCCACCCCCCUAUGGACCCUCAGCUACAACUCUGUGAACUACGACUGGAGGCAGAGCUGGCCCCGAAGAAGGAGCCCUCCCCAGGAGAGGCCACAGCUCUGGAGACCCUGCUCAGAGGGGAGGGGCUACUGGAGAAGAAGAAAGACAUCAUCAAGGAGGACGAGACCCUUCUAGAGAUACAGAGGGUCCUGGAAGCAGAUGAGAAUGGGGACGGUUUCCAUGACGACGAGGACUUUGAAGUGGACACUCCGAAGAGGAAGCAGAGGAAAGGAAGGGGCAGAGGGUCCAGUCGCAGGAGGACAGAAGCUGCUACCAACGAUGAUGUGGAUAAACCUUACGUCUGUGACAACAGAAACAAACAAAAGCAUAAGUCAAACACUGCCGACUCAGUCUGUGGCAAACGCUACAAGAACCGCCCAGGUCUGAGUUACCACUACGCCCACACACACCUGGCUGAGGAGGAAGGGGAGGAGGAGAGGGAGGAAGAGAUGCCACCGACCCCGCCACCACACCGACCAGACCCAGACCCAGACAACCACAAACCUCAGAGGGCGGCAGAUGGCUCCAUCAUCCCUAACGACUACUGUGACUUCUGUCUGGGAGACUCUGACUCUAACAGGAAGACUGGCCAGGCUGAGGAGCUGGUGUCCUGCUCUGACUGCGGCCGCUCCGGCCACCCUACCUGUCUGCAGUUCACAGACAACAUGAUGAUGGCGGUGAAGACCUACCAGUGGCAGUGCAUCGAGUGCAAGUCCUGCAGCCUCUGCGGCACCUCAGAGAACGACGACCAGCUGUUGUUCUGUGACGACUGUGACAGAGGAUACCACAUGUACUGUCUGAAGCCCCCCAUGACCAAACCUCCUGAAGGGAGCUGGAGCUGUCACCUGUGUUUGGAACUGUUGAAGGACAAGGCCUCAGCCUAUGAAGAGCCAUAGCAUCACACACACCAUAAUGCAUUUACAGGCUCAGGGCGUAACGUUCAGUCUCACCUCAUUCACUUUCUCAGUUUCUUGUGUGAGGAGAAAGUGCUACCCUCUACCUCUGAAAUGGAAACACAACCCUACAGAUGCAACACUUCUACAACAUGCAAUCCUUAUCUGCCAAUCAGUUCUCUACCUCACAACUUCACAACCAACCACAGACAGAACCCAACAGGCAAACAGGCAAAACAUUCCACCAGUGAUUUACCAGGUAUCACGUGAGGUCAUAAUUAAGCGACAUAGAUCAGGACCCCUUUUGAACCAAAAUGUCAUUCUGUGCUAUAAAAAAAAUAAUACAUUUUUAAAAACUCCACAAAGAAUAGUAAAUAGUUUAAAUAGUAAUCUUGUUCCACAGUGUUUGACACUGCUGUUGUACCAUGUAGUCUCAUCUGACUGUUAGCUAAACUAGAGAUGUUUGUCUUAGCUGAGAUCAACAACAAAAAACACUUAUGUGCCUGACAAGGAGAGUUUGUGUCUGUUUGACAAACAUUUGAUUUCGUCCUUGUUUAGAUUUCACAGUGACGUUUUUUCAUAUUUGGCACCAAGAAAUAUUAAAUAUUUGAAAUAACAUUACUCACAGGACUUGUCUAACAUCAUUUUAUCAAGGUGUAACGUAAACCCCUUUAGGGGGUUGUUGCAGCCACUAUUUUAUAUUUCAGUUAGGAUCUUAGCAAGGUUUUUUUUAUUUUUUUUUAUCCCAGUUUGUGGUUACUAGGAUACUAAGUACCCAAUGACAACGAUCUAAACAGUUAUUCAUUUAAAACUGAUCAAAAUGUCUGGUUGUUGUUGCUGUGGACGGAUGCUUUGUUUGAUAGAGAAAGCAAUGCAAUCGUGCUCCACUUCAGAGUCCGCUAUCUAAAUCACGUUACCAUACAAGAGGACUUCAGAGUCCGCUAUCUAAAUCACAUUACCAUACAAGAGGACUUCAGAGUCCGCUAUCUAAAUCACGUUACCAUACAAGAGGACUUCAGAGUCCGCUAUCUAAAUCACGUUACCAUACAAGAGGACUUCAGAGUCCGCUAUCUAAAUCACGUUACCAUACAAGAGGACUUCAGAGUCCGCUAUCUAAAUCACGUUACCAUACAAGAGGACUUCAGAGUCCGCUAUCUAAAUCACAUUACCAUACAAGAGGACUUCAGAGUCCGCUAUCUAAAUCACGUUACCAUACAAGAGGUUUUGUCGUUUAAAUAACUUUGUUGUUAUUGGGAAGAUUGAUGUAGGACAUUGGGACAAUGAUAGGACUGCAUCCAUAGACCAUAGAGAGACAUAUUCACAUAGAGACACAAUCCAUUCACACUGGGUCACAAACAUACACAAAACACAUCAAACCUCGUAGCUCUACCACCACGUUUCAGUCGGUGAAUGGUACAAGGCGAUCGUUUCGACUGGCGCGUAGGAUACCUCGCAUUGUCCGCGUUAAUCACGCGCCCGUUGUUUUUUUUGUACAUUUGAAUCUUUAUGUUUUUAGUAAAUGUCAACUUGUUUUAUAGGCCUCCCCUUCCACUUUGUAUAUCAUUCAAAACUUUUAAUGUAAAACUUUCCAACAUUCUUAUAUAACGAUUCACGUUCUUCCACGUGAACAUGGUGGCGAUAGAUCGCACUGAACACGGUCAUUAUAGAUUACAUUACAGGACUAUUGGAUAGAUUUUAAAGAACACGGAAACACAAUCCUGAAACAGUGGUAGAAGACCUGAAAUUGUUUUUUAGCGAUGUUGUUUAAAAAAAAUAAUAAUAUUUUUUUUUUUUUAAACGUAUUUAAUGCUAAAAAUGAAUGACGACGUCAUGACUGGAAAUGCUAUUUUCUUAUUUUGGUUUGCGCUUUUGUGUUUUGAUAUUGUUUCUCUCCUCAGACAAUCAUGAAGUAGACUAGAUACUGCAUAUUGCUCGAGUACCCAAAGGGUUCCCUAUUCCCUCUAUAGUGCACUACUUUUGGGCCCUUGUUAACAAUAGUGCACUAAUAUAAGGAAUAAGAUGCCAUUUUGAGACGCAUACAUGAUGUUAAUUAACAUCUAAAUGGUUACCUUGGUUUCACCCCCCCCCCCAACCCCUGUUUUAACAACUUCCUGUUUAUAUCACCAUGCCAACUUCACACUCUUGAGAAAUAUGUGUGUCAAUAUAAUUUUGUUUUAUAUUGGAGACCAUCAAUUAUAUAUGGAUACUAUUUUGUGUCGGUUUUGGGUACAUUGUUAAACGUUUGUAUGUAUGUUUUUAGUUUUUUUUGUGUUGAAAUAAAGAUUUAGUCCUUGGUUAUA